AUGCUUGCGGGCCUCCUCGCCUUAGCACAUGCGGGGUAUGACCACAGCUUGGCAGAGACCUACCAGUGGGCGCAGCAGCUCACACACAUGCCUAGCGAGCACAUGGCAAAAAUGAAUUGCGGGCUGGCGUGCCAGAUGCUUCCGGAGGUUGCUGACGUCCAUGAGAUCCAAAAGUCUGUGCCAUACGGGACGCGAGGCCUUGUGUCAAGCUUCGGUGAUGACUGCCUCCUUGUGUUCCAAGGCUCAAGGAAUGUGCCAAAUUUCCUUCUGGAUGUUGCGGCAUUGCAAGACUCGCCCUUCAGCUCGUGCCAAGACUGUCGCGUCCACAAGGGCUUCUACGAAGCUUGGCGAAGCCUGCAGGGUGCGGCACGUCAUGCGCUCGACAAGCUACACUGCCAUGAGAGGCCUCUCCGUAUCACGGGGCACUCGCUUGGAGGUGCCAUGGCCAUGCUGGCGGCCUUUGAGCUGGCGGACAAGUACCACAUCAAGGAGGUCUACACCUUUGGUCAGCCGCGUGUUGGCAAUGACGCCUGGGUGAAGGCCUUUGAAGCUCGCAUGGCUGGCACAUCUUACUUCAGAGUUGUCUCCUACAUGGAUCCGGUGCCCCACUUGCCACCUUCUCUGCUCAUGGGAUAUCGUCAUGCAGGGCCGGAGGUGUGGUACAGCAGCACAGCAGGAGGAAGCCCGACUUUCUGCAACCAAGACGGAGAGGGCUGCAGCGGGCAGUUCUCGUUGGCAAGCAGCCUCUUCCACUCGUGCGAUCACUGUUCCUAUGUGGGACUGAAUCCUUGCUACGUGAAUGAUCCACAUCCUAUGUGUGUCGAAGGCGCAGGUCACAGAUAA